GAUUUUUACGCAUGGUUCCGGUAAAGUCAGAACUGUGUUGUGAAUCAAAAAAUAUAUUACAAUAUUUUUAUUAAAAAAAUUGAUACUUAUAUUUGAAAUUUAAAAUAAUUUCGAUAUUUGAUUAUAUAUAUUUAUUAAUUUCAUUUUUAAUUGAUUAAAUUUAUUCAUUUAUAAUUUAUUGAUGGCAAGAUUUUAUAUAACCUGUACAUUAGUUAAUUGUAGUUAUGGAGAUAAAUCCGCUAAGUAUAAUUCUUGUAAAAAGUGAUAGUAAAGGUGAUAGACUUUUAUUUCGAUAUCCACAUGUGGCGAAACAUACGCGAGAUUUUAAUCAAUGUACUAAAAGAAAAAAUCCUUAUUCUUUAACUAUCACAGAAGAUUUAUUGCAGUCUUUACCUUUUCCAAUUUCUAAUAUAAGCAAUGGAAAUUUAACUGGAGUUACUGAUGAAGUAUUGUCAACAUUAUUUGCUGUUAAACCAGAAUUAUGUGAGCAAAAAUUUGAAUUAAAAGUAAAUGAUGUUCGGUUUGUUGGACAUCCAACUUUAGUUCCAUCUCAUGGUAUGAAGGAAGUUAAUUCUUCGAUGCUUUUUAAUAUAGUUUUUGCUCUACAAGCACAAGCCAGUCAUUCUAUAGUAAAAUGUUACUAUGAUUUAAGUAAAAGGUUAGGUAUAGCUUUAAGACAUGAAGAAAAACGAUGUGGAUUUUUAACAGAAGAAAUAAAAAUUAUGGUUUCUACUCAUGAUGAAGUUGCCACAAGAUCAGAAGGUGAAAGUGAUUGUGAUGAAUCACCUUAUGAAUUAAUAUUACAAAGAAGUUCACUUUCACGUGAUUUGAAAUCUGUGUUUAGUAGUUUAACUACUUCUGGUAUAAUUAAUAUUAUGAUUAAUAAAUGGAUUCAAGUACGUUUCUGCCUUCCUCAAAAAGUUCAUCAAUCUCACAAAAAAGGAUUUGUUAUUAAUCCAGAAAUAAUAGAUAGAUGUUUAAACAGUUUAAGACCUUAUCAUGGUAUAUUAUUACUUAUUGAACCUUUAGAUUUACUGGAUUCACUUCCAAUAGAUUCUUCUCCAGCUCUUAAACGCUUAAUUCAAAUGUAUAGUCCACUGAAAAGUUUACAAACUUUAGCUGCUGAUUCUGAUUUAACAUUAACUCAAGUUUUUCAAUUAACUGGACAUUUAAUAUAUUGGGCUAAAGCUACUAUAAUUUAUCCUCUUUGUGAAAGUAAUGUUUAUGUUGUAUCACCAGAUGCUAUUAUCACAAAUCAAUUGUUAGAAUUAUUUUCUGAAGAAUUUCCAGGACUUUGUUUAUUACAAGUUCUCAGUGAUUUUUCACUACCAACAUCUAUAAGUCAAAAAUUAAAUCCUUUAAGUCAAUCACAACAACAAACACAAUUAGUAAAAACAAUAAUAUGGUUAUUAAAAAACCAUUUACUUCUACAAUUACAUACAUAUGUACAAUAUAUGCCAACAGUGCAUGGUCAAGUAUCAUUGGAUACAAAAGAUGAAUUGAAUCAUAAUUUAAAUGAAAUCACAGAAACUAAUAAUGUAUGGAAUUUAAAUGAUGUCUCAAAAAGUACUUCUGCUGAUAUAAAUGAAGAAAUAUCAAUAACACUUCGUAAAGAAAAUGGAAUGUACAAUUAUCAAUCAGAAGAUUAUGAUAUUCCUUCUGAUGACAGAAAAUUACUUGACAAGCUAUGCCGUCUUGAUUAUUUUAAUGGAGGCUAUCAUUUAGAAGAGAUUAUGUAUUUAGAAAAUAUUCGUAGAUCUCAAUUAUUACAGAUUUUAGAUAAAUUUCGAGACAUAUUAAUUACAUGUGAAUGUGAAGAUCCUGCUAUAGCUCUUUUUUAUAGCCAAUUUAACUCCUAAAGUUUUAAUUCUAAAUAGAUAUAAAAAAUAUUUUAAAUUGUAUAUAAAUUACAAAACAUUUUUAAUUUCAUUAUCAUUUUUAUAAUGGUAUCAAUAAUAUAUUUAAAUAUACAACAUAUAAGGUCUCCUACAUAUACAAUAUAUGAUUUAUAAUAAGAUAUAUUUGUAUGAAGAGAUAUUUCUUUCAUUGUUUUUAGUUGUGCAAUUAAUUCUUAAAAUGGGUUUCAAAGUACAUAAUAUUAUAUAAAAUAUAAAAUUUUAAUAUAUUUAAAAAAUUCAUUUUACAAACAUAUUUAAUAUUUUUUAAUAUUUAAAAUUUUCCUUAUUUUAUUUAACUAAACAUUUAUUACAAAAGAUUUUUAAAAUUUACAUGAUAAUUGUUUUUAUAUUAAAAUGAAAUACUAAUUACAUAAUGAUUAUAUCAAACAAGCAAAAAAAAUUAUAUAAAACAUUAUACAUACUAUAUAAUUAAAUCAUUAAAUAAAUUAAUUUAUAAAUUUUGCAUAUAAAUAAUUUUAUAUUUAUUUCAUUGUAAAAAAUUAUUUAUUAAUGUUUUAAAAUAUAAAAAAUUUUUUUUUUAAUUUUAUUUGAUAUAAUUUGUUAAUAUAUAAUAAUUAUUAAAUAAAUUUUAAUGAAAAUUCAAAUAUUUAUAAAAUAUUUUUACAAUAUAUUUAUUGUAUAUAAUUAUUAUAAAAAAUUGUUCCAUUUGAAAAUAUAAAAAAAAAAAUAAUGCUAAAAUUGACUAGAAUUUUCAAAGAAAAUUGUUACACAAUUUAUAAGGUAAAUAAAAAAUAUCAUUUGUAAAUCAAUCAUUUAUCAUAAGUUGAAUACAAGAAAUACAUAUUCUAUGAUUCUUUUUGAAUUUAUAAGUACUUUUAAAAUAAUUAUUGCUUUAAUAUUUACAAUGUAACAAUAUAUAUUUAUAUUAUUUUUUCAAAAUUUUGUUUUUUUAUAAUGACAAUAAAUGAUGUUCUUUUAAAUUUAGAAAUCUAUUUUAUACCAUCAAUAUAUUAUAUUAAGCUAGAAUGCAUAAAAAUUGUUUAUAUUACAAAUUCGUAAAUAUUUAUGAACACAACUUUAUAAAAAUAUAUUUUAAUAAUAAUAAAGAAAUUCAUUUUAUUUUA